CCUGUGAGCCCAGACACCUGGACCUCUUCACUUCACUGGAUCUUUCUCUUCCUCUAGUCUGCUUUGGGUUUUUAGAGCUGCCAGCCAUCUCUCCCUCAGUUUCUUCCCUCCAUUGUGUCUGACAGUGGCAGCAUGAGUGCUAAACUGUGGACCGAGGAGCAGUUUAACUGCCCUGUGUGUCUGGAUCUCCCAAAUGACCCGGUCACCAUCCCCUGUGGGCACAGCUACUGCAUGGGCUGCAUCAAGGACUACUGGAGCAAAGACGACCCCAAGGGGACCUACAGCUGCCCCCAAUGCCGCAAGUCCUUCUCCCCCAAGCCCUCCCUGUCCAGGAACACCAUGCUGGCUGAGGCUGUGGAGCAGCUCCGCAAAGGGGCCAGCAAAGCUGACGUGCGUGAGUCUAUGCGAAGCGCCCGUGGGGGUCCCUCUUCCUCAUCUAGAUCCAAAGGGAAGCUCUCCUCUUCAGCAGUGCCGUGCGACCUGUGCAAAGGAGAACAGCGAGAGGCGGUGAAGAGCUGCCUGGUGUGCAUGAGCUCGUACUGCGAGGCCCACCUGAAGCCCCACCAGACCAAGAAGACCCUGAAGGCGCACGAACUGAUAGCGCCCACGGGCAACCUGGCUGAGAAGAUCUGCACCCAGCACAAGUACCUGCAGGAGUUCUUCUGUCGCCAGUGUCAGAUGUUCGUCUGCUGGCUGUGCACCAGCAACCAGCACAAAGGCCACGAGUGUGUGUCCACCAAGGCUGAGCGCUUGGAGAAACAGAAAGUGAUGUCAGAGAUGCAGGCGGAGAAUCAGCAGAGGCUUAAAGACAGAGAGCAGGAGCUGAAAGACAUGAAGAAGAUGAUGGAGGGGAUGAAGCGUUCGGCAGACAGGGUACAUGGCGACACGGAGCAGGUGCUGUCCGAGCUGCAGCGCUCAGUGGAGCGUCUGCAGGAGCUGCUGGAGGAGCUGCUGGAUCAGGCCGGCCUGGAGAAGAUGGGCCACGCUCAGGAGGUCGCCGACAGCCUGGAGGCCGAGAUCAAGGAGAUGAAGAAGAGGGACACGGAGAUGAAGGACCUGGUCCGUUGCGAGGACCACAUCCACUACCUGCAGAAAUAUGAGACCAUGUGCACUCCCCUGGAGACCAGCGACCUGCCCCCUGUGGUGGUCAAUCCAGAAGCUUCCUUUGAGCCUGUACGAGACGCCAUCCUGGACCUCAGGGACAGAGUGGAGGACCUGUGCAACCAGGAGCUGGGAAAGAUCACCAAGCAAGUCAAUGACACAACACUGUUCACUUUGGGAGACUCCAACCGCAACGCAGGACAGAAAGGAGGGAUUUUUAAACUGUUUUCUGGUCUGGGUUCUCGCAACACAAACAGCCGUCCGGCAGCUUCCACACCCACUAUCUCAGUUGGAGCGCGGAGUACAGACAGACGAGGACUCGGUAUAGGCCUCAAAAGUCAAGACGUGAGGAGCAGAGACACACCACGAGCCGACAGAGGAAACACGAGCUCACCCAGACUUCGGGACAGACAGAGAAGAGAGGAAAGAGAGACAGUGAGGGAGACCAACAACAGACCUAGCCCCAGACCCAGCCCCACUCCCAGCCGCAGAGAGUCUCAGUCUCUUUGGAACAGGUCCAGUCAGAGCCAGGCUACAGCAGUCCCAACCCCAACUCCGACUCCAAUCCCAGCCACCCCAGCUCCAGCUCCCACUCCGGCUCCAGCUCCGGCUCCGGCUCCGGCUCCUGCACCAGCAUCAACUGGAGGUUUCAGUCGGAUGGCGUCAAUCAGCAGCCUCUUCCGCUCCCAUCGGCGUGGCACCAAUCCGGCCACCCCAGCUACCCCGGCCAAUAACACAGCGUCUGCAGGAGGAAACCCAUGGGCGAUGGCUGCAGUGCCUGAAACACCAACAGAAAUUAACCCAGGUCUCUUCUUGGACUUGCCCACUCCCACCACCAUGAAUCACGCUCCUGCCUUCCCUGCAUUGAGAGAAAUCAGCAUCGACAGCAUUCAGGCCCCAGAGCCGAGGAGCAGGGAGGAGUUCCUACAGUACUCUGUGACCUUUACUCUUGACCCCACCACGGCCCACCGACGACUGGCUCUCUCCGAAGGCAACACUAAAGCCACCCUGCAGGGAGCGGUGCAGCCCUACCCCGACACACCCCAGCGUUUCGACGGCUGGACCCAGGUGAUCUGCCAGGCCCCGCUGUACGGCCAGCGCUGUUACUGGGAGGUGGAGUGGAGAGGCCGGGGCUCCUCUAUAGGUGUAGCCUAUGGGGCGCUGAGCAGGAAGGGCUCCGACGCCAGGGCGGGGCUCGGUUACAACGCCCAGUCCUGGACCCUGGAGCUGUCGGACACCUGCUGCUCAGCCAUGCACGACAACGAGAAGCGGGACAUACCGGUCACCUACUCCCCCCGCCUGGGCAUCUACGUUGACCUGUCCAUGGGGACGCUGGCGUUCUACAGCGUGGCAGAGAGCAUGACACACCUUCACACCUUCCGGGCCAACUUCACCCAACCGCUUUACGCUGCCUUCGGGGUAGGUAGUGGAGUCGGGGUGGGCCUGGACUUUGCCCUCGGCCAGUUCAGCUCCAGCUCUGACAGCAUCAAGAUCUGUCCCAUGUGAGGGUGCAGGCUGGAAUCACUGAUUGGCUACAUCAACAACUUUAGAGAUACAGGAAGUGUUCACGCUGAUCAAACUCAUUGGGAAGUCUCAGGCACAUUGACUGAAAGCUUUUAUAAAAUGUGGUCGUACCUGAUCUCUUUUUUCAUAUUUUAAAUGCACUUUGUGAAACACAAACAGCAGACACUGUAUUGUUUACAGCCUGCUGGUUGGUCCACCACUUUGGUCCAGACUGAAAUAAUCUCAAAAUCUAUUGGAUGGAUGGAGUUUGUAGAGACGUUGUUGGUCCCUGAAGAAUGAAUAAUAAUGACUUUAAUGAACUCCUGACUUUUCCUCUAGCGCCAUCAUUCAGUCAAAAGUUGAAUUUAUUCAAGACUUGGUUUAUGGCCAUCAGUAUCAUACAAUACUGAUUACAUUCUCAUCAGCCUCAGCUGUACUUUAUGUUUAGUGCUAAUAAGCCAAUGUUAGCAUGCUAAGCUAAGAUGGUUAACCUGGCAAAUAGAACCUGCUAUAGAUCAGGUUCAUCCAAGUUUCCACAAAGCCAGAAAAAUUAUUGUUCUUUACCAAACAAGAUUUAUUUUCAGUUUUAGACCAAAAACUCUGUAUACUGUACACCGAAGUGACAUUUUUAAUGUUUUCACCCAAAUCUGCAAUAAAAACAAUAAAUAUUCUGUAUGCGA